AUGGCGCGCUGUUCGGGGGACGGCGGCAGCUGUUGCCGAGGGAACGCGGGAGCAUCCUUCUUCUCUGGGACUCCGCAGCUGCUGCCUCGCCGGCCCGUCGGCUCCGAGCACCCCCUCCCCACUUCAGCUGGCUUCCCGGACUUCGCGGUGUUGCCCUCGCCCGCGGUGUCCAUGAGGGCCAGCAACGUGAUGCAGCCCCAGGACUACAAGGAAGCGGCUGCCCUGGAGAGGGCGAGGCACGCCGAGCGGCAGCUGCAGAGCCGCCUGCUGAACGCCCGGGAGCGGCUGAUAGGGGGAGAUUACAAUGCUUGGGCUGCACAGGUUUGCGACCGGAAGAUGCAAGAAGCCUCUGAGAAAAGAAAGCAGACGAUGAUGGGAGCGGAGAUGAAGCAUCAUGACAGCAUCGCCAGCAUCUUGGAAGAGCAUCAGCGCAGGGACAGGCGCGAGUUCGAGAAGACGCUCUGCGAGUUCCGGCAGAACUUCCAGAAGCCCGAGAAUCGGCAGGACUUUGACUUGUCCGACCCACUGGCCCUGAAGAAGGACACUCCUGCCCGCGUCUCUGACCGGGACGCCUCGAACCCCGUCUCUGGGAUGCAGAAGUUCGCGGGCGAGGACCAGAAUGCUCCGCAGAGGAAAAAGGCCCAGCAGAAGAUGAACCGGAACUGGGUCCUGGAGCAGCAGAGGGCGUGGGACAGUGCUCUGGCCGAGCACAAGUUCGCAGAGAAUGUUUUCAACAAGAGCAUGCUGGAAUUCGACCAGUCCGCCGUGGACCUUCAGAAGCUGGAGCUCGCAAUUAAACGCACGGUGUGUAAGGCCGUGAAGGAUUUCAACCAAAACCAGGUGCUUGAAGAAGUGGAAAGGAAAAGGAUAGAUCGCAGAAAAGAAGAGGAGGACAAUAUGGUGGAGAUCACCAACAAUCUGCAGAGUAGGUUCCUGUCUGAGGACCUGGAGCAGAAGACCAGGCCCUGCAAGGCGGCCAUGGCCGAGUGGAAGAACAUAAAGAAGGAGCAGCUGAAUGAGAUUUUGCGGGUCCAGAAGCAGCAGAUCGAGGACAAGCAGGUGGCGAGCCUCCUCCCCUCCCCUUCUCCUUUCCCCUCUCGCUCCUGACCCAGGGGAUGAGCC